CGCGGCCGCGCUCCUCUGACUGCAAAACAUCCCCAGCGCAGCGCCAGGCCUGGGAACAGCAGCUCCCAUUGUGCCCGCAGACACAGGCCCCGCUUCGUGCCCAGCCGGCGGUGGCAUGGGCUCGGCGCACGCUGGGGGAGAGGGGAACGGGCAGGGGAAAGCCCGGUCCAGCCCUGGCGUCGUGCACGGCAUCCAGCGCGGUGCCUCCAGGGCUGAGCUUGGCCCGUGGCGCCUGCCAAGAGGAACACAAGACGCCCACACAGGCUUGUUUUUCUAACCAUUUCUGCUUCCUCCCAAAGAGGUUUCUUUCUUUCUUUCUCCCUGAAAGGGGCCUGCCAGCCAGCGCCGUGGAUUGUCCUCUCCUGCCGCUGCGCCGCUCCAUUGGCCGCUCGCUUCCUUUUGUCCUGUGGCAAAAUCCACGUCCCCCUGGGGCAGCCUGGGGAGCGCGGGAGGUGCGGGGGGAGGAAGGGAAGUCCCGGCCAAACGAGCCCGUGCAAGGGACUCUGCGGAAGCGGAGGCCUUUGCGGGGAGCCGGGUCUCCACCUCUGCAGAAGCCGAUGGGGAAAUGACCCUGGGAAGAAACCACGGGAGCAAAUCCCACGGUAGCGCGGCAUCAGGGGACGCCGCAGCACUGGGACCGCGUCGUGUGCGUGUAAGAAGCGGGCACGUGGCUCGCCCGGGCUAGCUGCCUGCCGCAGACGCCGUCAGCGUGCUAGGCCAGUCUGCGCGGAGCAAGCCGUACCCCAGGCCAUGGGCGCGGAGAGCGGCACGCAGAGGGCAGCUUCUCCGAGGGGGAACGGAGGGGCUGGGCCUGGCAGGAGGCUGCCCACCACAUGCCCACCCGUGGGAGAGGCACACGCCAGCUCCGGGACUGGAAGGGGUAAGCCCUGCUGCUCCUGGGCGCCGAUUGUCCGCCCUGCCCCAGCGCAGCGUGGGCCUGCUGGGAAGGGACCGCAGCAUCAGAGCGCGGGGAUCCUGGACGAGCCGGCGGGGAGGCAGCUGCAAUAACAAGCCGGCGGGCAGGGAUCAGGCGGCGGCCGCACAAAGCGCUCCGCAAACAAGCAGAGCCCGGGGAGGUCUGGCGAGGGGGAGCGUGGUGCUGCUGCCACGUGGACUCUGGGCCGGGGACCGCGUCUCCCCCCGUCCGCGCGCAGGCUGGACGUCCACGCGGCGCUUCGGGAAGAGCUGGUUCCAGCUUCGGAGCGGAGACUGCUGCAUCCCGGAGGAGGCAAGCAAGGGCGCAGCUUGCACUGGCAGUCCCAAGGCUGCUGGGCAAUGGGACCCAAAUGCUGGAGACUUCUGCACCGCGUGUGUCCAGGGAGGAGGCAGCCUGAGCACGAAAUGGCUCCCCGAGGAUGCCCCUUGCAGCAGGUGAGACCCCGUCCCAGCUGGGCUCAAGCCCCCGGCAACGCCCGGACGUCUGGGCACCGCAUGACGCCGGGCAGAGCUCCUGGGGGCAGCCGUGCAGCGCUGACCGGGGCAGAGGACAUCAGGGCGUGCGGUUCUCCUUCCCCCCACCCCGCUCCUGCCUGUCACUCCCCUCCUCCGCCUCGCUGGGCUCCAGCAGCUGUGCAGACGGCUGGAUGCAGCUUUUCUGUCUGGCCUUUCCCAGCACAGAGGCCCAUUCAGAGGCUGGGUGGCCUGGGGUCUCUCCGGGGUCACUGCUCCUGCGCCCGGAGCCGGAUUUCUGCAGAAGCAUCGUCCCCGCGGCUCUGUGUCGUUAUUGUCUCCCACGAGGCUCCCAGACGCGGUGUCACGGAGAGGGGAGCACGUCUUUCCGGGGAUGAUGUCACCGCCUUGGAGCCUUGCUGGGUGUCACAGCGAUGCCGCUAAGGGCUGGGGCCAAGGGGCAUGACCCCCGACCCUUCUGCAGCCAGCAGCUGGGUCUGCAACUACCCACGGCCUCGUGCCGCUUGCCAGGGGACCCGGGGGCACCCCAGCUCUGCACCCCACGGCCUGGGGCUGCGUGCACAGCACGGGACCCCUGCAGGCUCCUGCAAGGGUCCCCCUGAGCUCCGGCACAGCUGCCCCCACACUGGGACCUGUCACCAGGCAUCAGCUUGGAGGUGCUGGGGUGGGGGGCAAAGAGAUCUGGCCUCCAAAUUGCCCAUUCUGUAGCUCUGGGGGGGUGAAGGGGUCUAGUGUGCUGGAAAGCCUGGUGCUAAGCGGUCCCCUCUGGGUCCAGGAACGGCAGAGGAUGAGGAUGCACGGCGUGUCUAGGAGCACGGGCAAGGCAUGCAGAGGACUGUGCAGAUGAUUCCUCCUCUGCGUGCGUUGUGCAGUAAUCGCGCCCAGCCCGGCACCACCCUUCACCCCGCGCACACACAGCUACCGGCUCUUGAGCAAUUGCUUUGUUGCACAAAUGUCUUCUUUUGGGGCGGGGGUACUCUGGGACGCCAGGAAGGCAGCAGCGUGCGUUCACCCGGGCAGCCCUGCAUUUCGUGGGUCCACAGCUGAGACAUGCGCGGCCCGGUGGGGACACGCGCCUCUGCACGGAGGGACCCCGGCCUCGUCUGAGUCCCUGCAGCAUUUAGUGCAGCGCUGAGCCCUGCCCGGGGAGCAACGUCUGUGGGUUGCAGAAAGGAAACGGUCGCAGCCGCAGCUCCUCCCUCUGCAGCUCCUUGAAGAUGCUCGAGCAACUUUCUGCUUCCUCCCCGCCUGCCCCACCUCAGUUUCCCUUUUUAGAUGGGCUGGAAACGCCUGGGUUAUGCCACAAGGGUUGGAGGGCAGGGAACCCCUCAGUCCGCUCGGCACGGCUCCGCGCGGCUCUCGGGAUGGCGGUGCAGAGCCUGGCGCCGGCUGCCCUCCUGUUGGCGGUCUCCAUCACGCUAGCCAGGGCCACCAAGCCCGGGAUUGUGGCUAGAAUCACCGGUCCGGGCCUGGACUAUGCCCUCCAGAAGGGCAUCUCUGCCCUGGAGAAGAAACUGGCCGAGAUGAAGCUGCCAGACCUCUCAGGGUCCCAGGAGACACCCGUAGGAGACGUGUACUAUGAAUUCUCCCGCUUGAACCUCCGCAGCUUCCGGCUGCCGAGCUCCCAGAUCACCCCCCUCCCCGACGUGGGCGUCCAGGUGUCCGUCUCCAAUGCCUUCGCCCAGCUGACGGGGAACUGGAGGUGGAAGAGAGGGCUCUUUGGGGACGACGGCCAAUUUAACCUGAAGGUCACCGGUCUCAGCAUCUCUGUCGGGCUGCAGCUGGGGAGAGACGCCUCUGGGAAACCCACCGUGACCGCCUCCGGCUGCACCACCUGCAUUUCGGAUGUCGACGUGGACGCUGGCUGGAUUUACAAGCUGAUCAUCAAGAUAAUUAAGUCGCACAUCAAGGCACUGAUGCAAAGCCAGGUCUGCAGAGAGGUGAGGAGCUUCGUCAGCACCCAGCUGCAGCCCUACCUCCACGCGCUGCCAGUCACAGCAGCGAUAGACACGGUGGCCGGCGUUGACUACUCCCUGGUGGCCUUCCCCGUGGCGACAGCCCAGUAUGUGGACGUGAGUCUGAAGGGCGAGAUCUUCUCCCGGGCUCACCGCGCGCCGGCCCCCUUCUCUCCCCCCGCCCUGGCCUUCCCGCCGGAGCACGGCCGCAUGGUUUACCUGGGGGUCUCCAGCUACGUCUUCAACACCGCCAGCUUUGUCUACCAGGCCGCCGGGUGCCUGGUCUUCAGCAUCACCGACGACGUGUUUCCCAAAGAGGGCUUUUUUCACCUGAACACCUCCACCUUCUACCACUUCGUGCCCCAGCUGAAGCAGCGGUACCCAGACCGGCUCAUGAAGCUGCAGCUCACAACCCCCUCGGCGCCGUUCCUGACCAUCGCACCCGGGGGCCUGGAGCUGGCGCUGGUCGCGGACGUCCAAGCCUACGCCAUCCUGCCCAACGCCAGCCUCACCCCGCUCUUCCUCCUUCACCUGACGAGCAACGUUUCUGCCAGCGUCACCGUGAGCUCUGCCCGGAUAUGCGGGGCCUUGGCAUCUGGCGGGCUGGAGCUGUCGCUGAAGCACUCGGACAUCGGCCCCUUCCCUGUGCUAGGGCUGCAGCAGUUCAUGAACUUCCUUGCCUCCAACAUCCUGCUGCCCUUGGUGAAUGGCAAGCUGGAGAAGGGCUUCCCCCUCCCGCUGCCCGCACACGUCCAGCUCUCCAGCUGCGUCCUGCAGCCACACCAGGUUGUCUUGCUUGAUGGAGACCUGGGAUAUUAUAUCCACCAGCUGGAGAUGCAGAUGUAAGACCUAUAACUGUGCUGUGCUAAGGGGAUCGCGGAUGAGCCAAAAUGCUGCAUGCACAGGGGUAAGGGCUGUGCACCCGGAAGCUUGCAAAGAAGAGUUUUUCCAACUAUUUGAGUUGAUCUAAUAAAAGGUGUCGGAUUCACCCCCAAAA